GAAAAUGCAUGCAUGGUGUCCCCCCCAACACCCCCCAAAUCCUCCAGCAUUAUAAAGAUUUAGGGUGCCCCAUCUGCAUUGAGGAAGGAUCUGGAGCGAUCUGGGAGGAAACUCGACGUGACUAUUUAGAAUCUGCGCUCGCCCUUCUUCCUUCUAGAAUUUCCUUCCCUGCGGCACCCUCUUUGUGAGAUCAGCCCGGGAUGAAAAUGGAGGAGCAAAACCCGGCGGGCGAGGGGACGAGGAGGAACGACCCCUGGGUGCUCCAGCCCGAGACUGUCGGGGAAUUCCUUCCGAGGACGCUGGGAGACGAGAUUAAGCAGGAACCGGACGAGGGGUCCCUGCAGCAGUGGGAGGCCCAGUGGCAAGAGUUCCUGAAGACGGUGGAAUCUCCUCCGUCGGGACGGGCAUCCCCGAGUUUGCCGGAAGAGGCCUGGGACGACACCAAGACCUUCUUGGCCUCCUUCGAGCAAGUGGCCAAAGCCUGCCGCUGGCCCAAGGAAGAGUGGGCAGCCCGGCUCCUGCCGGCCCUAAGCGGAGAGGCCGAGCGGGCCUUUGGCAACUUGGAGUCCGCGGACAGAGAGGAUUAUGGGAAAGUGAAGGCGGCCAUCUUGCGAGGGGACGCCAUGCGGCAGGAGGAGCAGCGCCAGCGCUUCCGCCGCUUCCGCUACCAGGAGGCCGAGGGUCCCGGAGGGGCUCACAGCCGCCUCCGGGAGCUCUGCCGGCAGUGGCUGAGAGUCGAGAGCCGCACCAAGGAGGAGAUCUUGGAGCUGCUGAUCCUGGAGCAGUUCCUGGCCGUCCUGCCGCCCGAGAUGCAGAGCUGGGUCAGGCCGCGCGGGCCGGAGACCUGCUCCCAGGCGGUGGCCCUGGCGGACGACUUCCUCCUGAGGCUGCGGGGGGCCAAGAAGCCGUCCAAGCAGGCGGCAUUUGAGGAGACGGAUACAAGCCGGGCCUUGUCUGAUAUCGAGCAGAAGCAACUGUGCGUGGAGGCAAAGCAGGAAGAUGACAACAGGGAGGCAAGCCUGUUGGGCGAUGAGUGGAAAAGCAAGAACGAAGGGCAGCUGUGUGGGGAUUUCUCAGGAAGAGCCAAGUACGAAGAGCUGAAAGAGAAUUUCUGGAGCCAAGAGAGACCCGCGUCCAUCCCUCGCCAGGGUGGAGACUUCCACGAAACCCUGGUCCAAAAGGAAAACCAAACAGAAAAAAGAGGGAGCGGUUUCCCCAGUGAUCACUGGGGAAUCCACACAGAGGAGAAGCAAAAUAAGACUGCAAUGUUUGGGAGGGACUUUAUUGAGAGCAGACAGCUUACCAAAUGCGCAACACUCCAGAAGGAGGAAAACUCUUAUAUAUAUCUGGAUGGUGGAGAGGGUUUCAGUCACGGUUCAGAUCUUAGAUCACAUCAAGAUGCCCCCAGAGGUGACGAACAGUAUAAAUGCUCGGACACAAACAAGAGCUUCUGUGAUCAGUCCGACCUUCCUAAACAUCCGAGAAUCCCCAAAGGGGAGAAGCAGUACAAAUGCUUGGAGUGCGGGAAGUGCUUCGGUCGGAGCGCGCACCUCACUUCACACCAGAUAAUCCACACUGGGGAGAAACCGUACCAGUGCCUGGAAUGCGGGAAGAGCUUCGUACAGAGUGCCCACCUGGCUUCGCACCAUAUAAUCCACACCGGGGAGAAACCGUACCAGUGCCUGGAGUGCGGGAAGAGCUUCAACAAGAGCACAAACUUCCUCAGGCACCAGAAGCUCCACAAAGGGGAGAAACCGCACCGGUGCACGGACUGCAGCAAGAGUUUUUCGGACAAGCCCAGCCUCAUCCAGCACCAGCGAGUCCACACCGGCGAGAAGCCCUACAAGUGCUUGGAGUGCGGGAAGAGUUUCAGCCACAGGGGGAGCCUUAGCGCACACCAGAGAAUGCACACAGGGGAGAGGCCAUAUAUGUGCUCCGACUGCGGCAAGAGCUUCCGCGACCAGUCGAGCCUCAUUAGGCACAAGAGGAUCCACACCGGGGAGAAACCGUAUACGUGCUCCGAGUGCGGGAAGAGCUUCAGCCAGAGAGCUGUCCUGAAGGCCCACCAGAGAGUCCACACGGGCGAGAAGCCGUACAAGUGCUCUGAGUGCGGAAAGAGCUUCAUCCAAGUGUCAAACCUUACCGCACACAAAAGAACCCACACAGGGGAGAAGCCCUACACCUGCUCGGAGUGCGGAAAGAGCUUCAGCCGGAGCGACCACCUGACUUUACAUCAGAGGACACACACAGGGGAGAGGCCGUACAUGUGCGCCGAGUGCGGGAAGAGCUUCAGUCAGAGCACCGACCUCACCUCACACCAGAGAAUCCACACCGGAGAGAAGCCUUACAAAUGCUUGGCGUGCGGGAAGAAUUUCAGCCGGAGUUACCGCCUCACUGUCCACCAGAGGAUGCACACAGGGGAGAAGCCAUAUAAAUGCCUGGAGUGUGGCAAGAGCUUCAGUCGGAGCGACCAUCUCACUUCGCAUAAGAAAAUGCACCCGGGGGAGAAAUCAUAAAAACGAAGCUUUCCCCACACAUAUAACAGUUACGACUACCCUGUCUGAGAACCUUCUCACAAUGGAGAAACUGUAUAAAUGCUCAGAGUUUAGCAAAAAA